AUGAAAGAGGAAGCAUGGAAGACGAAACCAAAGAAUCUUGAUGAACUCUGGGAGGCAUUACUCUCAUGUAGUUUUUUUUUUUCAGCCAUUGAAGAUGACCUUUGGCUCUUCCUCAUCCCUGCUGGCCUCGCUCAAAUUGGACGGGUGUUUCUGGAGGAAGUGUGCUACAUCCUGUGCCAAUUUCCCACAUCCAGACGAAGGCUCUACCUGUGUAUAUAAGGAGUGUACCCGCACUUCUCUGAAUGUGUAUGUGUGUGCAGGUAUCACUCCAUCACCUUGCUCAAGUUCGUGGAGCUGAUCAUAGACUUCUCUGAGGGAUAGAAAGCUUGUAUGUUGGCUGCUUUGUCUGGACAGCAGUUGUCUCCAGAUCCUUUCCCCUGCUGCUGCUGCUGCUGCUGUCUACCUAUAGUGGCCAUCAACAGCCAACAAGCAAAAAACUUUCCAGGGUUUCUUCAGAUGAAUUCAGUCAACCUCAACCAGUAUGUGGAAGGUAUCAUAUGUGUGUCAACCUUCGUGUCCUUCUAUGGCCAACUGCUGUUUUACAAGGCCACUAAGAGUGCUUCACAUGGCUAUGGACUGAGAGCCAAGUUCAUCUGUAUCAUCAUGGUGCUGGUGCUGUGUGGGCUACAGAGUGGCAUCCUAGAGACCAAGGGUGCUCUGGAGGUCAUCCCCUGCAUGUCAGCCUUCUCUGUCUUGACCAGGUCCCAGUGUAAAUCAAAUCUGAACUCCUCUUAUUACUCACAAAUAAGGUUUACCAUCUACUUUGUAUUUUUGGAGAACAACUCGCAGUAUGAAUCUCAGAUCUCUGUCUUUUGUAAGCUUGGCCUGCCCUCAGCGGAGGCUUGGCCUGGCGUUGUCUUGUCCUCAAAUCCCAGUUAGAACGGUGACAGCGAGGACAGCCUGUGAAGGAUAGAGCAUGUAUUUCUGGAAGGUUUCCCCUUUCCUCAGUUCAGAAGUCAGCAUCCAGGCAGACCAGAUCCACUGGAAGCCAGGUCUGCAGAGGAGCCAGUUGUAGAUGUGACUCCUAUUACUGUCAGAGCUUAUAUGAACUAUAAGGACUGUAGAGAUGUUACAAUCUUUUGACUAACUAUGGAAGACCUUUAAGAAAACACAGAAUAAAGUGAUUUGACAGUAUGGUAUUUUCAUGUGCUAGUGUGAGUGGCCUCAAGGAUCCUGGAGAACUGUGAUAAAGAGGGCAACAACUGAACCACAUGGUUCCCUUAUACUUACUCCCUUAUGUGAGGUUGUUGAUUCUCACGUUGUGAACAUUAACAAAUACUUCUCAGCUCACAUCUACAAUGUUGGAACUUUCUAAACUGUUACACUGCUGCCACACACUGCUAUAUAAUGUUCACCACUUGGUCUCUUUAGUAUUAAAGCCAAGAAAUGUUGCUGCUUGUAGAUCUUAAAAAUCCUUGUAUGGUUUUUUGUUAUGGAUUGUUACUAUUAUUUUGUUUUGCACAUAUAAUAAUUUUGGUAAUUUGUGUAAAACAUAACUUAGCUUGAAGGUUAAACUAAAGAUUUGAAGAGCUUGAACCCUGUGCCGUGUUCAGUGCCUUGCAGUAUCUAACUACAGACAAUAAAAUCAAAGCAUUGCAGCAACCUCAAAUUCUAUUUUGUCACACUGAUAGCAGCCAGCCAGUUUUGACCCUGUAUCCACCACAAGUGAUAUGUUUACAGCAACAAAUGUUGCUUUCAAAAGGUCCCCCAUUAGAUUAUAGUACAGUGACUGUUGUAAACCUGCCUGUUUGGAAUGUUUGGUUAGAAUGUGUUGAUGCUCCAGAGCUACUUUAGAAUAAUUCCUUGUCAUUAGUGAGUCUUCCUCAAACAGUUCUAAAAAAUACUGUCACUUUUUAUUGUUUUGGUGCUGGACGUUGUGUGUAGAGGUUUUAUGGUCAAUGUUUUCCAUUAAAUAUAACUAAAUUGCU